UUAGUGUCUUGCGGGAAAACUUCAUUGCACUUGAAUUUUGAAUUUAACAUUCUUUAGAAGUUGUUACUCAUCAAAUAUUUAACGAAUUUCGGUUUGUGGCUCACAUUUCACUAAUGAAGAGAACACGAUCAACUUCGAAGGAUAUUGAAGAGCAUGCAAUGAUUCAACAUCAAAAUUUAAGUGACAUAGCAGAAACACCAAGACCUUUGUCAAAAGAUAUCCAAACUCACAAACAAGAACAUGGAAGUAAACUUAACUUGAAAAGUUUGCAAGAUAGAAGCAAAAAAGUUAAUGUGGAUUUUGAACCAAAUACAUGUCCUCCAAAAAAUAAACUUAGAGCAGUGGUGGAUCUUAAGAUGAUGCAAGAAGAGUUAAAACAAUUGGAAGAUCCACCAUUAACUCCAUGGGAAAAAGAAAUAUGUUCAAAUAGACUGCCAUACUCAUUUUUUAAUUGUCCCUGUGAAGAAUUAGCACAAAAUUUGUUAGGAAAAAUAUUAGUUCGUUAUCUAGAAAAUGGAACUAUUUUGAAAGGAAGGAUUGUUGAAACAGAAGGAUAUUUGGGAGUAAUUGACAAAGCAUCGCAUACAUAUAAAAAUAAAAUUACUCCUCGUAAUAUACCAAUGUACAUGCCACCAGGUACUGUAUAUGUGUAUAUGACAUAUGGAAUGUAUCAUUGUUUCAACAUAUCCAGUCAAGGUGAAGGAUGUGCUGUUCUAAUAAGAGCUAUUGAACCUUUAGAAGGUAUUGAAUAUAUGACUAAUCAACGAACUUCAAAGGGAUUAUCAAAUGCACCUAAAAAGCUUUCAAAAAAUUUAAAAGUUCAUGAAUUAUGCAAUGGUCCAUCAAAGUUAUGUAUGGCUUACCAACUUCAUAAAAAUCAUAGUAAAUAUUCUUUAUGUUCUUGGAAAUGUUUAUGGAUUGAAAAUGGCAAAAAUGAAAAAAUCGACAUUGUUAAAUGUCGUAGAAUAGGAAUAGAUAACUAUGGAGAAGAAUGGAUAAAUAAACCAUUACGAUAUUACAUUCAUGGGAAUAAAGCCGUGAGUAAACGAAAUAAAGAAGCAGAAUUACAUUUGGGAAUUAGUUAA